UAAUUUUCGUCACGGCUCCGGUGGUACUCCGAAUAACGCAACUGAUAAAAUUCAAUCCGUAUUUUUAAUGAGAUCUGAAAGUAACUACACCUCGUAGGUAAAACGUGUUAGUCGCCGUUUUAGUUUAAACAAUUUGUCAACAGCACGAUAAUCAAUUUACAAACUAUUUUGCGUAUCUUAUUUUCGAUUCGUAUGGACUAAAAGCAAGGUUAUUAUGUAUUAAGAAACAGUGAAUCAGUCGUUCGACGUCAUGUUUUGAGAUGCGCUAUAAGCAACACUAGAUUUACGAGUAUUUGAUGGGUGUGAACCUUCAACAGUGUUCCAACAAACACCUAUAUACGAAUCAGUGCGAAUCGUGUUUUUGUGUGAGUUAAUAUUUUGCUGAAAUACAAAAUAAUAUGAAUUAACAAUGACGCACUCGCUAGUUUUUACGACGUUCCAUGUAGCAUGCUCGGAAUAUGAUCCAUGGUACGACGCGUCCGUAACUCGGCAUUGUGUUUUAAAAUCUGGAAACAACUUGAACGAAUUGGAAGGAAUUUUUUUAAGAUAGGAAUUAAUUCGAGCGAUACCCCUGGUAUUCUCUAUUAAAUAUAGAUAUUACUAUGUAUUAGAUAGUGCCCCUAUAUGUUCAGGCGCGUUUUAUUUAUUUUUUUAUUUAACUUUAUUGUAGUUUUUCCACUGCAAUGACUGACAUAACCAAUAUUCUCAACUUAUCAAUUUUUUACAGAUACUGAUAAAAUAGAAAUGAACUUUUUAAAUACUAUUAAUAAUAAUUAUUGAAUUAAUAACUACUAAUCCUGUGAAAUACGAUUGUAUAACCUGGAAUUUCUUUUGUAAUAUUUGUAAAAAUUACGACCGGUAAUUAAUGCGAUCGUCAAUGUUAUAUCUUCGGGGCUUUAUUCUAAAACACAAUAUUUACUUAGUUUAGAAACUAAAUAUUAGUUCUUGAUAACGUUCCUGAUAACCUCUGUUCUAUUUUGUAUGCGGAUGAAGAUAAGCCCCGUUAUAAUUAAUUCUGUAUUAUUUGACCAUUUUUUAAGUUAAAAUUGCUAUUAAGUAAAAUCGUAAAAUCCGUUAAUGAAAGAAAUUAUGAAUAAUUCCGACGAGCAAAGCGAAACAACUAGAAGACACCAGGAUUUCUUUGGCGAAACAAGUAUAGGAUCAGGAAAUUCGGAAGAAACUGAAUAUGUGGAUAUUCACGAGAUUCACGUGGUAAAAGCAAUAGAGAAAAAACUGAAUACCAACCAUUUCAUAGUGCUUAAUUAUAAUCUCGUAGCUCUACCGGAUAAAUUCGGUCUAUUAGGAGAAUAUCGUUCGCUCAAUGUUUCUUUUUUGAACGAUCAAGGAUCGAAAGAAAAUUUGCAUUUCUACGUAAAAUAUUUUCCCCAACAAGAGUCAACCGCUACUUUUGCUGAAAAGAUCGGUGCUUUAAAAAAAGAAAUAUUCGUAUAUAAUUUAUUGGAGAAAUUUUCCGAAAAAGGCGUAAGCGUUUCCGUGGUUCCAAACUGUUAUGUAGUAGCGCCCAGAAAAUAUUUAAUACUAGACGAUUUAUCAAACGAAGGUUAUAAAGUGGUUGAUAAACACACAUUUUUGGAAUACGAUUCGGUAUUAGUAGUUUUAGGAGCGUUGGCGAAACUACACGCGAGCACUUUUAUUUUCGAAGAUAAAAUCGGAAAACAACUAUUAGAUUUAUAUUACAAUGAUUUGGAAGAAUCUUUUUUCAACAAUAAAAAAGAUUUUGCUAAUUCGAAAGGAAUCGAAUCUUGCGUAAAAUGUAUUGUAGAGGAAAUUGAUCUGUUCGGAUUUCCGAAUAAACUCUUUUCGGGAAAAUAUUUUUCCGAAGUUGCGGAAAAGAUGUGCUAUAAAAUUUACGAUAUGGUAAAGCCAUCGAAAAGAUUCAAAAAUGUCGUUAAUCACGGAGAUAUGUGGGCAACUAACAUACUAUUCAAAUACGACAAAAAAACGGAAAAGCCGAUAUGUUGUAAAUUGGUAAAUUUCGAAUGUGCGAGGUACUCACCACCGGCUUUAGACGUUUUGGCUUUUCUCUAUCUAACUACCUCGAGAGAUUUUAGAAAAAAGUAUAUGUACGAAGUCGUCGGUAUGUACUACAGUUACCUAGAAAAGAAUCUCAAACAAGCCGGUUUGAAAAUUGAAGACGUCUUACCUUUUACGGAUUUCAUGGAGAGUUGCGAAGAACUAAAAUUAUUUGCCAUCAUACAAGCAGCCUUUUAUUUUCCUUUAAUUUUAAUCGAUAGCAAUGAAAUCGAUACGUAUUUUUCCGAUUUGGAAAUGAACAAAAAUGUACUAUUCGAUAACAGAAUACAUUUGGUAUUAGGACGUAAAGAUAAAGAUGAUUUUUAUAAACGGCGACUAAUCGAAUCUAUAGCAGAUUUAAAAGACGUUUGCGAAUUGGCGAUGUAAAAAUAUUUUUUAUUUUAUUCAUAUGAAAUAUCUCGGUAAAUAUUUGUUUUGUACAUGAUGUCUUUAUACAAACUGACGUGCUAAUCGAACAAUAAUACAAGGUGAUGUCCAGAAAGGGUAUCGGGUAUUUGUAAGUUCAAAUAAACAAAAAAUAUUUAUAAGCGAUAAAAACUUUUAUUGUUUUCUGAUAUAAUACGAAUUGGAAAAUUACGUUGCUCGACACAAAGCUCUUGAUAUUGCUGCCAUUUCUGACCUGAAGUUUUCCUUCGAUUGGAUUAUUUUGAUAAACCUUACUUUUAAGGUAUCUCCAUACAAAAUAGUCAAGCUAAGGGCUUAGGUCGGGGCUUCUGGGAGGUUAGUUGAUGUUACCCCUUCGCGAAAUGACUUUAUUAGGGAAUAAUUGAUUCAAAACUUCCAUCGAGGUAUUGCAAGUGGCCCCAUAUUGCUGGAACCACGGUCUUAAGUCGAAUCCUGCAGCUCUGGGAGCGAAAAAUUUCUCAAUAUAUCGCAGUAACGGUCAUUAUUGGCAUUGAUCGCUCGGCCUCGUUGAUCUUCAUGAGAAUAAUUCCUUUAGCAGAUAUAGCGGCCCAAACAACGACCUUUGGGCCGCUAUGAUGUUCAUGCUUUCGUCAAGGAUUCUCGACUUCCCACUACCGACAAUUCUGCUUAUUAACAUGACCAUUCAGGUGAAAAUUCGUAUAUUUUCAAAGUUGUUAAAUCGCCGCAUCAUUUCGUUCGCAAAAUUCGGUCGAUUAGCAUUGUCAGUAUCCUUCAAUUAUUGAACCAAUUGAAUUUUAAAAGGUUUUUAAAUGCAAAUCUUCCUUUUAAAUCAAAUGUAAGAACGAUGUUGAUUGAUGUUUAACGCUUGGUUUCUCUUUCGGAUGGAUAAGAUGGAUUUCGACGAACCGACAACUUCUUCAAUUGUUUAUUCAUCGCGAACUGAACGAGGGCGACUAUUGAAUCACACCGUUACGAUAAUACGCUCGUAAGCAAAAUGCGCGAUGCGUCUCCGAGUACUGUUCCAUCGUGACUAAAACUCCACGAAAUGGAGGACGCCACGAACCCUUUUCGUCGCUCGGUUUCGAAUGUGGCGCGAAAACAAAUACCCGAUACUCUUUUUGGACACCUUGUAUUAGCAUCAUUCGUUAAAUUUUGAAAUAAAUAUUUCGUAAUAUU